CUAUAUACAAUAUAUCUAAAUAUAUUGAUUUUACUCGUUUAGUUUAGAAGUAGUUAAAGUUAGCGUGCGUGUGUUUUAUUCCAUUUUAAAAAAAUAGUUGUUUCUUUAUUGUAUAAAAAUGGCUUUGCAAAAUAUUUUUUUGCUAUCAAAUCGCUCAGCUUUAAACUUAAAAGAAGCCAUUAAAUUACUUAAAAAAUCAAAUUUAAACAGUGAUGACGUAGUACAGUAUUAUAACUUGGAACCAAAACCAGGUUUGUGGUAUAUUUGUGGGUACAAUCAAAGUUCUGCUGACAGCAUUGAAUGGCAAUCAACAGGCACUCGUUCAUUGCCUAAUGAAAAAAAUCCCAUCGUACUGGUCGAAUACUUUUCAUCCGAAAAAGUGAAUAAAAGUGUAUUUAGAUUAGCGAAGAAAAACGAAUAUGACGCUACUUUGGUUAACUAUUCAGAUGUGAACCCUACAUUUGCGGAAUUAAAAAGAACACAUAUUUCUAAAAAAAAAUCCAUCAAAAAUAUUAUGAAACUCAAACGUCUCAAACUCAAACUAAUAAAAAAAGAUAGUAACUCUGUUUCUAUUGUUUCUAAUGAACUAAUGGAACAUGAACCCGCAGAAAAACAUGUCAGCAACAAUUUUGGACCAUAUUUAGGAUAUGAUGGUUCCUUUCCAGGAGGUUCUACCUUUGUGCAGUCUACAGCCCAAAUAAUACAAUCUGCUCCGAGUGCUCCGAUUUUAUCACAAUUCAAGGAUUUAAAUAUUUCACCAAUUAUUGACUCUAAAUACAUACAAUCACCAAACAAAGAGUUUAUUCCUAAGAAAGAUGCAGAUAUUAUGAUUGAACCCGUGAUUACGCCUAUAACGUCAUCGUCGAAAGUAACUGAAUGGUCAAAUGAAGUUUAUGAUUACAAUGCGUCUGAACAUAGUUUAAGUAUUCAGACAAUAGAUGAUAGCUUAUCGUCAAUUAACACAAAUAAAUCAAAUACUCAAAUGUUAACUGGUCGGAGAAUUGUCAACAUGUCUCAUAUAAUAGAACAAAUUAAAAAAACGGCAUAGUGGUCCUUAUGGUUGUUCGUUUA